GAACAGGAUAUACUCCGUGAAGAGAUUCGAAGUUUGGAAAUGGUUCGAACAAAAAUGAGUGAACGUAUUAAAGAGUUAGAAUCGGAAGUGAGGGAUUUGAAGGAGAAAAGCGAAUCGAAGAGUGAUGAAGAUGGAGAUGACGUACCAAUGGCACAACGAAAACGUUUUACACGCCUCGAAAUGGCACGAGUUCUGAUGGAACGUAAUCAGUACAAAGAAAGAUUAAUGGAAUUGCAAGAUGCAAUGAAAUGGACUGAAAUGCAGCGAGCGAAACGAAUGAAUGCGAUGCACUCAUCGAAGAAGGCUGGUGGAAUCUGGGACUUGUUAGUUUCAUUGAUUCUUUUCUUGAUAUCGCUGUCGUUCAUUUCAUUGCCGUUAUCCUUAGUAUCGCUUAUCAUUACUAAUUGUUGUCACUUUAAAGAAUUCUUUUGA